AUGAUGGGCUCAUUUCCGACCGAGAUCCUUCAGCGCAUUUUCGAACACUUGGAGACCCCGAUCUCAUUGGAGAACUGGGAGCCGGGCCACUACCGCUGGGAUGAGCUCCCCCCGCCUCUAUCCCACCUCUUUCACCGUAUCGCGCGUCCGCUGAUCUACCGCACUGUCGCGUUGCGGUCCAAAAAUGGUCCGAGCGACAGCCCCAUGGACAAGUUUAUGCAUGUCCUAUGCGCUGACCCGUCAAUCGGUCACAAUAUUCAGGGGCUUCAAGUUGAACCUUGGUUGUCUGACUUUGGCUUCGAUCACUUCGCCCUCCAGCUUUCAGCCUCUCCCGAGAAUCUUGAUGAGAGGCAAAGGAGAUGGCUAAAUAUGUGGACGGAAGCAGGGAAUCGUAACGUGGCCCUUGUCGCGCUCGUUGCCGCGCCUCGGCUGCAGACUCUGGACUACAUGGACACCGGGUCAUUCGAGGGCAUCGCAGCGUAUCUCAGUGGCAGACAAGACCUGGAAGAUGAAUAUUUCGCGACGGCUCUAGGUGGCGAUUCCGAGAGCGACAACGAUGAUGUUCCUGAUGAGAUUGGAUCUGAGAUCGCUUCUGGAAAUGGGGAUGAGGACAGCGAGUCUGGCGACGUCCCAGCCGGCCAGCAGCAGAGCCAACUGCUUGGUCCCGCAUCUGAGAACCCUAUGUCACUUCUAAGCGAGGUGCGCGUGGGGUUUCGCGGUUACGGAAACGUGCUGGAAAGAGUUCAAAAAAUCGAGGGUGUUCUUCUUAACCCCGGGCUUAGGAUUCUUCGGCUGUCCGCCUUUAGGUGGACUAAAUACGAGGUCAGGGCUAUGAAAUGGAAUAAUGUCAUGAGCAAUAUCACAACUCUGCAACUCAAGAACUGCCUCAUUGAUGAGAGGGGCCUCGCCAAUGCUUUGCGGCGCUGUCGCCUGCGCCAUCUUCAUAUAGCCCUGGCUGGUGAUCAAGAUGUUGGUGCAAAUAGACAUCCUGCCACACUCGACUUGAAUGAGAUGGGCGUUGCCUUGAGAAGGUAUGGGCAGAGCCUAGAGUCACUGGACUUCGACAGCACAGAAUUUGGAGAUUACAUCAUGGUUGGACAUAUAGGACCUCUGAACGAAUUGAGCCGUCUGAGAAAUCUCAAGAUAUGUCUUCAAGAUCUUGGGGAGUUCGAUGAAGAGGAUGAAGAGGAUGAACUGGAUGAACAGGAUGAAGACAAUGAAGCGGAGCUGGAGAUGGAAUUGAGGACUUUAUUGCCAUCAACACUUGAAUCUAUUCACAUACGUCCUUCCGAAAAAAACGGAACAAUAAGAGUUCCUCUUACACUACUUACGGAUGAGGUCUUUAGAGGACUACGGACGGUAGAGGUUGAAGGUUAUGUUGUGUUUCAGGAUGACACGAAGACCCUGGAAGUCCCAGGAUGGUCUAAGUCUUUUAAGAGCGACAUGUUUCGCAGGGAUGACAUGCUUCGCAGUAGUGACGAGCCAGCAGAGUUUGACUAUUUUGUGAGCGUACACUUUUCACGAGAUGCUGAAGUACGUUAA